AUGUCUACUACCAAAGUCUACAUUGUGUUUUACUCUGUAUUUGGGCAUGUCGAAACUAUGGCUAGAGAAGUACACAGAGGAGCUAGCUCAGUUGAAGAUGUUGAAGCUUCAUUAUGGCUGGUGCCCGAGACACUUCCCCAAAGGAUAUUGGAAAAGAUGAAGGCUCCUCCAAGACCAAGUGAUGUUACAGAAAUCAAACCAGAAAACCUAGUGGAUGCAGAUGGGUUUCUUUUUGGAUUUCCCUCUCGAUUCGGAAUGAUGCCUUCUCAAUUUCUGGCCUUUUUUGAUUCCACACAUGACUUAUGGAAAUCUCAAUCACUUGCGGGUAAACCUGCUGGCAUCUUUUGGAGUACUGGAUUCUAUGGCGGAGGCCAGGAAAACUCUGCAUUCACAGCCGUGACUCAACUGUCUCAUCAUGGCAUGCUAUAUGUUCCUCUGGGAUACACCUUUGGGAAGGGCAUAUUUGAAAUGGAAGAGGUGAAGGGAGGCUCUUCAUAUGGUGCAGGAACAUUUGCAGGAGACGGAUCUCGUCAACCAUCGGAGCUGGAACUUCAGCAAGCAUUUUAUCAAGGUAAGUAUCUUGCCGAGGUUGCAAAGAAGCUCAAAAGUUAAACCCCUGUUUGUGCAACAUGCUCAUCAAUCAUCGUAAACGUAUAUAACAUCAUAACAUACCAAGUGUAAAAUUGGAAUUUUUUUCCAAAUCUGUAUUCUGUUGAAUUAUAUUUCUUGAAAAUAAAGAAUCAAAUCUUCAUUCUGAUGCAGUAUUAAAAAAACACUCUAUUAUUCUAUUCUAAGGGCAAUGUUGUUUACAUCAUCUUUUGUCCAAUGUGACGGGUAGAAACUCUUGUCCACUCUCCUAUGAUAAAAUGAGACAAUCUCAAGUACUACGUAUUUUUAUUCCAAAACUACAUUUGAAUUGUCUA